UGGGUUGCGCAGCCGCAUGGGGUCUGGGGAGAGCCUGGGAGCGGUGAUUGACAGCUGGGAAGCCCUGUGGCAGGGUUGGAGAACGCGGCCGACGGGCUGCAACGUUCCUCGGGCACUGGGACAGCCAGCCGAGCCUUGAUCAUUUGCUCUUGUGCACAAUGUUGACUGCAAAGAAACCAGCCCUGAUCCUCAACUCUGCCCGCUCCAAGCCGUUCAGUGGGCUGUAUUCUUACUGCCUGCAGUCCGCUUGCUCUUCCAGCUGUGCUCACAAUUGGCGUGAGGCCAAGCAGCUGGCUGCAUGGAAGAAGCAGGUUGGCAGUGCCCUGCGGUGGGCACUGGGGUUCCUUCGGGAAGGCUUUAACAUGGGCGGUGGCACUGGAGCCGCGGCCCCAGGCAGCGAAAGGGAGAAGAUGGUAUCCAUCCUGGCCAGCCAAUGCAGCUACGUUACAGGACAGAGGCUGAGGCGAGCACAACAGAUUGGGCAGCUGUACAGUAACCUCUACUCGGAAAAGUCCCGGAGGAGCCUCUUCACCAAUCUGUGGCGCAAAUUCCAGAGCCGGCACUCGGGCUCUGGAAAACUCGUGGUGGCUUUUGCCGCAGUUUUCAUGUGGGACGAGGAGAGGAUCCGUGACGAGGAGUUGCAAAGGUGUCUGAAUGACUUCAAAACCCUGGACAUCCCAAUGGAUGAGAAGCAGCUGAGUAGCGAACACGUGUCAUGUGACAAACAUCACAAGCAGGACAAUGUGUGGGAGCUGGUGAUGGACAGGUCCAGCUUCCGACUGUGGCGCAGACCCAUCCCAGGCAGUCACCUCUACCAGUACCGAGUUUUUGGAACAUACACAGACGUUACCCCUCGGCAGUUCUUCAACGUGCAGCUGGACACUGAGUACAGGAAGAAAUGGGAUGAGCUGGUUAUUAAGCUGGAGGUGAUCGAGCGCGAUGAGAUCUCUGGGUCGGAGGUCGUUCACUGGGUCACGCACUUCCCGUAUCCCAUGUACUCGAGGGAUUAUCUCUACAUUCGACGCUAUCACGUGGACCAAAAGAACAAUAUGAUGGUGUUGUUGUCGAGGGCUGUGGAACACCCAGAUGUGCCAGAGCAUCCCAACUGUGUGCGGGUUACGUCGUACGAGUCCCAGAUGGUGAUCAAGCCACAUCGAUCAUUUGAUGAGAACGGCUUUGACUACCUCCUCACAUACAGUGAUGAUCCACAGACCGUUUUCCCUCGUUACUGUGUCAGCUGGAUGAUGUCCAGUGGGAUGCCCGACUUCCUGGAAAAAUUGCAUGUGGCCACUGUCCGAGCAAGGAACAUGGAAAUCAAGGUUAAAGAUUAUCUCAGCGUGAGGAGCUCCGAGAGCAUUGAGACUAAACAGAUGCAGCACUCCGAGCGCAAGGAGAGCAGCUGCAGCUCACAGCAGAUGGACUAUGCGUAGUCUCCCAGCCCUGACCACAGGGAGAGCUGUGUGGUGCUGUGAACCCUAGUGUCAGUGGCAUGUUACAACGAUGGAGGCCAUCUUCUCUUCCAAGAAAGGCAAGGAGAUGCUUCAAAACCUGACUGCUUCUGAGACCAAAGUACAGCAUUGGUGUGAGAAGAGCUUUGAGAUUUACCAGUCUAUGGUACAAAGAGUCGUAAUGCCUGCGAAACUUGAAGUAUUAAAAAUAACACACUAACAGCCACUGCUUCUGAAACGGAAGGUUAGACUACGGUGUUGGGAUUUGGUCAGAUCCUGUCUAUUUGAAAUGUCUUGGUUCAGUCAGAAACUUGAAAUUGCUUCAGCCAUUUAGAACAGUUUAGGGUGACUUUGUUGCAGGGUGGGGUGAGGGAGGAGAAAGUCACUUCCCUGUAAUGUGCAGGCUUUGCUGUGUUUUGGAGUGGUAUACAAGUCUCUGUUCUGUGGUUUGCCCUGGUCUCAUGCUAGCCUGCUCUUUGUCAUUGCUUAUCUUUUUUAAAAAUAGAUUAAUUCACACAGGAAGGUCAUGGUUGCUGUUAAAUUUCACUGGAAGCUUCUGAUUCACAUAUUGGGUGAAGAAUUUUCAAAUAAAAGCCUGUUAUUUUGUAAUGAUUUCUCCUUUUGAAGACAUGCAUUGCGCUUGGCUACGCGUACGUGCUUAUAGUGCUCUCCCUCUGCCUUUCUGUGCCUCUGUCUCUUUCUGUUUCUCGCUCUCCACAUCUCACCAACAUCUCCCUGGCUGCUGAGCGCAUUCUAGCCCUGGGUUUAGGGGCGGGAACUCGGUAGGGGUUCCCGUUCGUUGCUGGCACGUUCCUGGAGCUGCAGCACUGAGCUGGAAAGAGGAACAGGAUCACGUGCUGAGCUCACACCGAAAGGAUGGAUUUACCUGGAAAUGGACCUCACAGGUCGGAGCUGUCAUUUGGGGAGAAGUCGGGGGCAGCGAUCCAUUACUUUUGGCAGCAGAGGGCUGGGCUUUAAGGGGACCAAACACGAUGGUAUUUCCAUAUGACAGACGAUGGGCCAAAUGGCCUUCUCCUAUGCUGGCUCACAGACCAAUCCCACCGCCCACUGAUUUUCCCAGUGAUCUAUUCUCCAUUAACUCCCCUCUAUUUUACCCCUCACCCACACACCAGGAGCAACUUGCAGCAGCCAAUUAACCUACCAACCUGCACGUCUUUGGGAUGUGGGAGAAGACCGGAGCAUCCAAGAAAACCCACACCGUCCUUGGGGAAAACGUGCAAACUCCACACAGCACCGGAGGUCAGGAUUGAACCCGGGUCUCUGGAGCUGUGAGGCAGCAGAUCUACCAGCUGCGCCAUCAUGUACAUGACCUCUCCGAGAGUUUGUGAUGGCUGCUUCGCCUUUUCUUUAACCGUGACCUGUGCCUGUGUGAAAACAGAAAAUGCUGGGAAUACUCAGCAGGUCAGGCAGCAUCUGUGGAGGAAGGAGCAGAGUUAUGUGUCAGGUUGAUGCCCUUCAUUGCCUUGUACUUCUGCCUGCUUCUAGCGUGGGCCAAGUUAAUGGCAGUACUGACUUCCCACCAGGAGAUGGGGGUGUUGCACUGGGAUCCCCGCAGUGCUUCAUUGCAACCAGGCACCAAUGCAGCCCAACGAUCAUUGUACUGGAUCAAAAUGUUUCCUCUGGAACAGAUUUAAGGAGGUUUUCUUUGUGUUUUGCUUUGUGGUCAUUGGAUACACCUGCUAUUUCCAGCUGGAGACACAAGAGAACUGUAGAUGCUGGAGCAUGGAGCAAAAAGCUACCUGCUAGAGGAACACAGUGGGUCAGGCAGUAUCUGUGGAGGCAAAGAGAUGGCUGACGUUUCAAGUCGAGACCCUGCAGAAUCUCGCACCCAAAAUGCUGACCAUCCCUCUGCUUCCACAGAUGCCGUCUGACCCGCUGAGUUCCUCCAGCAGUUUGUCGUUCGGUGUUCCAGCUGCCUGACCAUCGCCUGUUGAUGGGGUCUCACUGCCAAACGCUCUUUGACCUGGGUUGCCUUCUGUGCGAUACCUCAAGGGCCCCGUUUAGCAAGGACCUGACGCGUGACUAAGAAAGAUCUCGCAUUUAUAUGGCAGCUUCUGAGACACCCCACUGUUUCACGGCUACUGGAUUACCUUUGAAGCAGAGCCACCGUUGGCAGACAGCACGCUUGGCUCUCGUGCAGGAUGUCGGGGAAACUGCAGAGUUCACUCCCCCUGCUGUUCUAUUUGCUGCUUUGGCCCUUUCAUGGCUCUGUCACUGACCUCUAUUGGAGGCUUUCGCGCUGGCUGCCUCUGGGACUCGCCCAGGAAUCUAUUCUCCAUGGCAGGGUUGGGACUAUUCGACUAAAGAGGGCAUCACAGCAUCGGCCAACAAGGGUGCUCAAGGUGGGUAAUUUCCACCACCUCUAAUCAGGAACUUGGCCAACUACUUGCCCUGCCAUUGGCUGCAUCUUUCCGAAGUGAGCAUUUUGAGGUAUUUGAGCUGUAGAGGGAGACAGCUUGGAAACUGGCCUUUCAGACCAUCAAGUCUGUACAGACCAUCAACCACCCAUUUUUUUACACUAAUCCUACAUUAAUUCCAUCUUUUAUUCUCCCCACAUUCUCCAGAUGUGACCACUGGCCCACACGCCAGAGCUAAUUUACAGCAUCCAAUUAACCUCCCAACCUGGGAGGAAACCGGAGCACCGGUGGGGAACCCACCCAGUCACAGGGAGCAUGUGCAGACUCCACACACGAAGCCCUCGAGGUUAGAAUCGAACUGGGUCCCUGGUGCAGUGAGGCAGUGGCUCCACAAGUAGAUGUGACUAGGCUGUUUCCCUUGGUGGGUGAGUCCAGGACCAGAGGGCACAAUCUUAGAAUUAGAGGGUACAGGUUUAAAACAGAGAUGAGGAGAAAUUUCUUUAGCCAGAGGGUGGUGAAUUUGUGGAAUUCCUUGUGACGUACAGCAGUGGAGGCCAGAUCAUUGGAGGCAUUUAAGGAAGAGGUAGAUAGAUAUCUAAAUAGUCAGGGUAUCAAGGGAUAUGGGGAUAAGGCCAGAAACUGGGGUUAGAAUAGUGUGGGUU